CCAGUAGUAAGAAAUAACUUGAUUUCAUGUUACCACUCUCAAAUAUUGGUAACAUUCAUGGGGAGAAUAAAACACAAAAUCUUUCAUCGACUUUUGAUUCUAUAGUCACUAGAAGAAGAAGAAAGGACAAAAAAAUCGACUCUUCGUUAAAUUGCUCCCUUUUGGAUGUCUAUCCACUUGGCGGCGUUCACACCGUCGUGCGGGACUCGUUCUGUCCUUAUGGACAUAUUUCGGCGACCGGGUCCCCCGGUCAGCGCGUCCCUCACCGAGGGUUUGGCCGAAAAGAGCCGGUUCGGGCCAGAGCGACUGUUGUACCAAGUGAGCGCCCACUUCCCAUUCAGUCAAAAGCGGAGAAGAAAUUCAAACCUCCGAUUUGAAUCUCGCGGGGAGUUGAGCGCAUCCACGCUCCCGCGAAAUUCAAAUGCGAUCCGCGGCUCGCAGAGACCCCUCUCGAACGAACUACUUAAUCCCUGGUCGGCCCCUACAGAAUCACCAAUCUUACACUCUCCCGUUCUCUCUUUGCCGUGAGCAAUCUCUUCGCCAAUCUCCCACUCUCACGUCCUUCCGUCCCCCUCGAGUGUCGUGAGUCUAGAGCGUUCCGUUCAUCCCCUGUGAUUUCGACAUCGUGUUCGUCGGCCGAUUCCAAUUCCAGUGUUUCGAGAUGGCUCGAACGAAGCAGACAGCUCGCAAGUCCACGGGAGGCAAGGCGCCUCGCAAGCAGCUGGCGACGAAGGCUGCGCGCAAGUCGGCUCCUGCCACCGGAGGAGUGAAGAAGCCUCACAGAUACAGGCCUGGAACCGUGGCGUUGCGCGAGAUCAGGAAGUACCAAAAGUCCACUGAGCUUCUGAUUAGGAAGUUGCCAUUCCAAAGGCUGGUUCGAGAGAUUGCCCAGGACUUCAAGACUGAUUUGCGGUUCCAGAGUAGCGCCGUCCUGGCCCUUCAAGAAGCGGCCGAGGCUUACCUCGUCGGACUUUUCGAGGACACUAACCUCUGCGCGAUUCAUGCCAAGCGUGUGACGAUUAUGCCGAAAGAUAUUCAGCUCGCUCGAAGAAUUCGCGGCGAACGAGCCUAAGCCAUCUCCUCUCGCCUAUUGUCGAGGAAUUGCGAUCUCUGUGCUUCCAUUUUCUGCUGGAACACCCCUGCCCGUGGGUAUUCAGUAGAUGCCAUACUAUCUGUGUCCAACGAUUCUUGGUACUUAGGCCCAGCUUUGCUAGCUGGAGCACUUGGUGGACAUGAUCAAUUCCGGUUGAAGAGAAACAAGUCAAUGCACAUGGUGACUCCUCAUCUGACAAAGAUCUCCUUGCUGAUGGUCCGAAGGGGAACGAGUUCGCCUUUGCAGUCUGCUUCCUACCGCCCGGAUAGUUCUUCAUACCACUCUGCCCACGUACCACAAGGACAGACAGAUGCGUUUUUGCUUAAAGCUCUGUUGUAAAUAUAUCAGCUCAUAAUAAAAGGUGCUUCCGCAUUUCUAUCAUUGUGUGCAUGUGUAUUAGUUUUGUG